CGGUGAGCCAUCGUCCCGUAGGUUCUUCGACUACCUGUGCUGCGGCGCCGUCUUGGUCGGUCUCCAAGCGUUAGCUUCCUUGCCUUCCCACGAGCCCGAGAGGGAUUUUGACUCAUCGGUGCAAUAUAACACCAAGCGAACACCAUGCCAUGCAAUCUGACAUUGCUCGGGUUGAAUGUCGAUGUCUUGGCCAUCAUCAUAUCCUAUCUACCGCCCCGCGACGCUGUAGCGCUCUCUUGCACAUGCAAAGCGGCACACGCAAUCUCCAUCGAUCCCGCACUCCAUACCGUUAUCCUCGACCAUACGACGGAACAAAUACAGAAAUUCCGUGACCAUCUCCUCGCAGUCGAGUCUCGUCCACACGUGCUGAAGUCCUUGACUUUAACAAAAGCCGUAACAUGGGAGAUCGACCCGCACGCGAGCGGACCUGCUGGCGCACUUGCCGAUAUUGUCGAGCAGGCCAAGGAUUUGCAGUUUUUCAGCUGUGGGAACAUGGACGACAUGAUUGUUGCGUCGAACAUGCGUUUGGUCAGCGCGCUGACAUCUCGCACAAGCAUGAGAGCUCUUCAGCUGCAGUACGGCGGGCAACACACGGUGAAGAUCAUUACGGAGGUCGAGUCUCCGUACGUCCGGGAGUUGAUUGUGGAUCUCACCUUCGUUUCCAAGAUGCCUUGGAACAAUCUCUUCGCUCCCCUCACUCGAUACCAACAUCUCACAACGCUUUCCAUUUCCAAGCUCACGAACCGCCUCCUCUUCCCUUUCCCUGUCGCGCAGAGCCCUCAAUUUGCUGCAGGUCCAAUUUUACCGUCACUCGCUACAAAUAUUCAGCACUUGACCCCAGAGACAACGCCGAUCAUACCUUCCGUGCGCACGCUAUCGUUUUUCUCCACGUUUAUUCCCAUGGCACUCGCCGCGACGAUGUUCCCAAACGUGGAGAACCUCACGUUCCGCACCGAUCGCCUCUUCCGCUCGUUCUACAUCGCAGAACAAGCUGUUCGGCAGGAGUUCCCGUCAUUAUCUGCCUGCUGGCACCACACGCUCGCCGAGGCGCACAUCGAUGUCGCCGACUGCAGAAUCUGGCCUCUCACCUGCCGCGUGCGGUGGCUCGAUUUCAACUUCCUCCCGGGAGGAUGGGCCGAAGAAGCGUUGGACGCGGUCACCCGGACGAAGCCGCACGUUAUCUCCGUCGCGUACCGAACAGACCCCGACAACACCUUCUGGCUGCGCCUGCCCAUGAUCGCGAGCGAGCUGCGCUUCAUGGACACCCGGAUACUCGAGCUAUCCGGCCAUCGUAGAAGAUACGUCCUUAUGCACCUGUCCCGCUUUCCUGCCUUAGCUGCUAUCUUCCUCUGCGUGCGGGCCCACUACCAAGCGGAAGACUACGACGCCGAGGUGGAGAUCAUAGCCAGGGAGCUCGCCGAACGCAACCGCAAGCUGCAAUACAUCGGCAUCUCGUUCACGGACGGCCGCUUCAUGCGAUACGACGACCCCGUCUGGAACGAGGAGCGCCUUGGGUCACGCUGGUGGAAGGUCCACAGGGACGAAGGGCAUUAUCUCGGUGAGGGAACGAGUGUCAAGGUUAUACCCACUGAGGUUGGACUGAAGAUCAGGGAAUACAUGUACGAGGCGGACUACGACUCGCCGGUUUGGGAGGAGCGCCUUUCCACGUUUGUUUGA